UUCAUCAUUGAAACAUGUUUACGAUAUUUUCUUAAAGAUAAUCAUAUUCGUCGAAUUGUUCUUAAUAAUACAAAAAUAGCGAUUGGAGGAAAUAAAGGUGGUAUUUUAUCUUCAAAUAUAUCGAAUUAUAUUGAACAUUUAUUUAUUUGGCGUAUAUUAUGUGAAUUAAUCAAUGAAGAAGAUGAUGAUACAAAUAUUCAUCCGGAUUUUCAUGAAUUUAUAUCUUAUCUUUAUCGUAUAAUUAAAUCUUCUGUUAAUGAAAAAUUAUUGGUAACAAAAGAAUUUAUUAUUUGUCAAUAUGUGUCAAUUCUAUCAACAUUUGAUAUGCUUGAUAUUUAUCGACGUAAAUGUGUUGAAGCUAUGAGUCGUUGUAUACUUGUACAUUACGGUCAAUAUGAACCUAUAAUUAAACAAGCUCAUCAACUUAUUCAUCAUAUUUAUCCAUCGAAUGAUACAAUAAAUGAACGAUAUCAACUUAUAAUCUAUACAUUAAAUGAUAUUAUUCAACGUUGUCAAAAUGUACAAUUAGAAAAGCUAAUAUUUAUACAAUGUAUGACUAUAGCAAGAGUAUUUAUUGAACAAGAAAAAAAAUUUGAUUUAAAUUAUGCAAAUUUUAAACAAUUAAUUGAUUCAUUAAUUAAAUCAGGUUUAUCACACAAUGAAUUUGAUAGUCAAACUCAAACUUUAUCAACAUUAGGAUCACUUAUGUGUCAUUCACAACAAGCAGCUACGGAAUAUAUCAAACAAAUUUUUCAUAUCAUCAAUAAAGUCGAAAAUAUAUCAUUGAAAUGUCAGUCAUUAUCAAUUUUUAUUGAUAUUCUUCUUGUACAUGGUAUUAAUAUUUUAACACCAACAAUAAAUCUUGAUAAUUUAACACCUUCUCAAUUUCUAACAGAAUAUUUUUUAAAUCUUUUUCAUGAACAAAAUAUGGAAAUAAAAACUAUCAUUGUAUUUGGUCUUAUGAAGUUAUUUCUUAGUUCUCGUCUUGAACCAACAAUUAAAUUACUUCGAAUUAUACUUGAUUAUCGUUUUACAAAUGAUCAUCGAUCUAUUAAUCAACAUGAACGAAAUUAA